CGGAUAAAUCGGGCGAGAAGGGUGCCCAUUGUAUCUCUAUCACCAGAUGUUGAUGAUGAUGAUGAUGAUGAUGAUGAAAGUGAAACUGAAACGCAAAAGAUCUGACGAUGAACACGAAAACUUAACGAUCGGUGAUGAUAUAGAUAGUAUGAUGAAAAAAGAAUUACAAUCAAUGAAGGCAAAAUCAUGACGUCCUACAACUCACGCUCACCUUCAGCCGAGCAUGAAACUGCAGAACAACAACAAUCAUCUUCUGCUGUAGCAGAGCAACCCUCUGGUGUUGAUGCCACUUCAUCUACAUCAGUUCUGCCAGAAGCUGUUUCCCAGGACGCCUAUCUACGGGGUCUAAGCACAUGCCGUGAAGAGAUCAGAGAUCAUGGGCUGUGCGCUUUGCCUGGAUUUCUUAAGCCAUCGUAUGUCCAUAAGAUUCUCGUAGCAGCUAUGAAACCAAACUCCAUUAUCAUUAUGACUCUUUUCUACUUGAGAAGCUUGACGAGAAUGAUAAGAGAUUUUGCCUCAAUAGUAGCCGAGAAAAUGCGCAAUGCAGGCAUAGGGUUCCGGAGCUUUGAAAGGCAUAACAUCCUUUUGGAUGAUCUUCCAGCCAAGCCGCCACCGUCGAGUGCACCAGGGCCGCCUGAAGAAGUCGUUGAACAAGGAUUGUUGUCGGCUGAGAUGUGCUCCAGCAAGUUAGGAAUUUAGAUUAGUAGCAAAGAAAAUAUGACAGAAACAGUUUUAACAGUAUCUACAUCGAACUAAUAAAUAAAUGUAUGAAUCUAACUACGGUUCUGAUCAACCAGGCAGAAAUAGCGCAGUCGGAAGAUUGUUUGGGUCUCCUCGAGCUUUAUCAGUGGGACGGCCUGCGACAGCUAAUGAAGGAAGCUUUUGUUAUGAGAACGUAGAGUUGAUGGUUUUCUCUAUAAUCAUGAAGAUGAAGAACCAAGAAGAAAAGAGACUAAAAAGAAGCAGGCUCUGGAGCUUGUCCCUCUUCCAAAAACUCCAGUCUUCAAAAAUCGAACUGGUGACUUCUCCACUGACCUACUUCUUAUUGAUUCAUUGACCUACUUCUUAUUGAUUGAUCCGGCUUGAUGCCGAUGUCCGCAGAAGAGGAAGUCCAUUCCUUUUGAUGCUCCACGAGUGAUCAUCUCCUUCUAAUCCCGACCUUCCUGAACUCCACUGUUCUGCGGAUUCGGUAGGAGGUGUUUACCUCAACUUUUUCGAAAAGGGUGACCGUCUUGGGUGGCAUUUUGACCGGUCCGAGUACUCAAUGAACCUCAUCUUGAGAGAGUGUCCUUCCAGUACUUCCUCUUCUUCUUCUAGGGACGAAGUUGACAAACGCGAGAACUACAAGGAGACCCCCGAUAUUAGUUGCAAAGCGGGUGAGUUCCCACCUGGUGCAUUUGUCUAUCUUCCUGAUUCGCGGGAGAAGGUUCUUCAGCAUACCACGAACAAUACAGAAGAUCAAAAUUUAGAGAGCGUGAUGCAGCAGGUAAAGCCAGUCGUGCCAGAGCUACAGUUAAGACAAAGCGCUUAGAAGAGUCUACUGAGAAGAGCAAGAAUGAUGAUCCAGACCACGUUAUAUUUGGAAAAAAUCCUGAAAGUAGUGAGUAUGCACCGGAUCUAGUAAGGAUGGAAUAUUCGACUGAAGAACUCAAACUCUUCCAUAGUACUUGUCUUACUUCAUCUUCUUCUAAUGCUUUUCGGCACGUUGUCCCUCUUCGCCUGAACUCAAACUCUCUCAUUCUUCAUCAUUUUCUUCUAAUGCUUCCCGGCACGUUGUACCUCUUCGCGGGGAAUCGGAGUCUUCAUUGCGUAACUGAGAAUACGACAGACACUGUUCGCGCAAACUGUAUUUUUACAUUCAACACACGAGCUGGCCAGGUUCUAAACGAAUACACCAGAAAGAAAUUUUUUGGACGAGAUGUGUAGCUUCUUUAGAAUAACUAUUCAAUAGGAAUACACUAGAUCAUCAUAGAAAGAAAUUUUUUGGAGACGUCUGAGAAAGGAUCAAGAAUCUUCAGGUUUAGAAUGACAUGAUCAAGAAUCACGUCUUCUAGUUUUUGGAAGGAGAGGAAAUGGAAAUGCAUCUGCAAGAACGCCUUUGUUAGAAAAAUUGAUAUCAACAACAACCAGAGGCAUCUCAAGUCAAGAUACAUACCCGUACCCCCAACAUUUGCUGACAGUUGUAUUGGCGUUCAACUGCGGCCAUUUGCGACGGAUUGCGCAUAAAAACUGCAAAACAUCAUGGAUUCAAGCGAAG